AUGACAGAGGCAGAAUACAUGGAGUACUACAGAGAAACGUUGGGAUUGGCGGAGGAUGACUUUGAGAAGCUGAGUGCAUCAACCAGGACAGGCCUUCCGUACUCGUUCCGUGUUACAAAGGGCCCAAUGCAUGAUCGGAUAGUUCAAAGGAUUGAGCAGUAUCCGUUUGUGAAUAAAAUACAGUACUUGAAUGAUGUGUAUGAGUUCUGCAAGACCAAGGAUCCAUCGAGUGAUUACCAAAGAUUUGUGGAGUUUCUUGUAAAGCAAACAGCCAUAGGGCUUAUACAGCGGCAGGAGAUUGUCAGUAUGAUUCCUGUCAUGCUAAUGGAUCUCAAGAAUGACUCAAAAGUGAUUGACAUGUGUGCAGCACCUGGAUCAAAGGCCAAGCAGGCUCUUGAGAUAGUCACUGAUGGGUUAGUGAUAGCAAAUGAUGUGAAUGCAAAAAGGCUGAAUGUGCUUGUGAGCGAGACAUCCAAGAAGCCGAAUAGAUCGCUUAUUGUAACGAAGCAUGAUGCAUCUGUGUUUCCCAAGGUGUAUAUGGAUGGCCAAGUGGAAUUUGACCGUGUGUUCUGCGAUGUUGUGUGCUCAAGUGAUGGCACCAUCCGUAAGAACCCGAAUGUGUUUGAUGAAUGGAAGAUUUCAAGAGGAGUAGGGCUGUCUGAGCUGCAAUACAGGAUUCUGAAGAGAGGAUGUGAGCUUGCUAAGGAAGCAGGAUUGGUGGCAUAUUCGACGUGCUCGUUGAAUCCAAUUGAAAACGAAUGUGUAGUGCAGAGAAUUUUAUUGGAGGGCGAGUUUGAGCUAGUUGAUUUUAGAAAUGACACAAGGCUUUGCCUUUUCCCGAUGGAAUCUGAUGGCAAACAGCUUGUUUUCAGGCAGGGGCUGCGGACAUGGAAAACAGCGGGCGUUUCCAAUAACCCGAGGCAUCGGCCUUGUGAAGAAGAUCUUGGUCUGGAGAGAUGCAUCAGGCUGUAUCCACACGAUCAGAAUACUGGAGGAUUUUUUAUUGCGAUCUUACGAAGAAAGAUGCGAUCGCAGGCAUCUCAUCCUGAAGAAUGCACAUCAAAGCAAAAAUGUAUGCAGCCAAAGCAUUGUCGAAUUGAAUUUAUGGCUAAAGAUGACAAAGACAAGUUGUUUCGAGAGUAUUCUAUUUCUAUGGAGGGAGAGCUGUAUAAGCGAGGCGAAAGAAGCCUAAGUAUUGUUUCGUGUUUAGCAAGCAAGAUUAUUAUGAGCAAUCCGAAACUUAAAGUUGUAUCUGCUGGAUACCGAAUUCUGGAAAAGUCUGGGCUGGAUCGUUGUGAGUUUUACCUGAAGAAUCUUUUUUAUGUUGGUCAUGAGUUUGUGGAUUGCCGUGAGAUCCACUUGGACUGUUUUAGAUUGCUGCUGAAUGAUGUUUUUGUCAGCAAUGACACUCUAGGAUUUGAAUGUGUGGGCAUUUCGGUCAUCAGGGUUCAAGAGAUCGGAAUUGUCCUCUGUGGAUAUGGCAACACGAUGUCAUUUACACUAUUCAUGAACGACAAUCUGAGAAAGGCACUUAAGGAGCUUGUUUCAUGA